CUUCUUGAUGCCACUUAGGGAUGUUGCAACCAACGCCGCCACUGUAUUAACUGCUGGGUUCGAGACUGUCUCGGCCAGCGGAUCCAUCUGCGCCUUCUGUCUCGCCAAGUACCCUGGGGUGCAGGAGAGGGUCAGGCAAGAGGUGAACGCUGUCUACGAGAAAUACGGAGGCUUCACCUACGACGCCGUUAGAGACCUUACCUACACUAGGCAAACCGUCGACGAAUCUCUGCGUCUCUACCCACCCGUUGUUGCCUUCACGUCAAGGAAGGCGUCCUGCGACUAUCCCUACAAGGACAUGGUUCUGCCAAAGGGAGUCAGCAUAAUGGCUUGCACAGAACAAAUACACAAGGACCCUCGAUUUUGGGAUAGGCCUGAAGAGUUCGACCCAGAAAGGUUCUCUCCAGAGAAGAAGGCGGCCAGGCAUCCCCUGGCCUUCCAACCUUUUGGCCUUGGUGCCCGCAACUGUGUUGGCAUGAGGAUGGCUCAGAUCGAAACUAUUCUCAUUGCUGCCAUGCUUGUGCAUCGGUUCCGGCUACACUUAGGCUCCCGACACGCAAACGGUGAACUAGAAAGGAAGACAGAGUCCAUCAUAGCUUCGCCAAAGAAUGGAGUGUGGAUUCGUGCGGAGAAGAUCUGAUAGCGGCUACAGCAGACAUCACUCACGAAGAGUAGUCUGGAAGCCAUAAUGGGCGCGGGUCGCCCAUUUCUGUUCAUGUGAACAAGUGUUUCUGGAGAAUGAAUAAAGCACCACGCAUACCGUCGAUGAACACAGGGUUUUCGGCGUUGGCCGAUGGUGUUCAUACGCGUUGUUAUCCCGAUGUCCGGUGCAUCCCAACGUCUGACGAAGUCCACCCUGUGUGCACACAGAAAAUUAAUUUAAAAAAAAUACGACAGCGAAAUGACAAUCAUAUUAUACGGACACUACAGUGAAGCACAAGGUCGGUUUACACCGGUAUAUCACUCUUUGAAAAGCCAUUUGCAGGGGAUUUUCGUCAUCAUAUUGUUGCACAUAUCCACGAUGAAGACGAACACAACGUACGUGUUCGCCACCCCGAGCUGAAGAGGGAGAAGACGAGGACGCUGGGAGCUUCAACCAGUGGGCCGCUCCGGCGCUCACCUUCGCGACCUAAUAUACUCCCCCUUCAGCCAUGGCGUCUCAGUCUCCUUAGUGCGUAACAAUACCUUGAAUAAUAGAAGGGAACCACGGUGCUCCCCGUGGCGGACGGCGGUCGAAAUGGCGCCCACUGAUCUCGAUAGAGCGCCCGCCGCUCCGAUUAACCCCUUGGAAAUACGUGCCUAAGGAACCUACAAAUAGCAAAUCUGUGUGCGCGAAACGCCAGCGAACCGUUCUUCCCGCCACCUGGUUAUGUAAAAAAAGGAUUCUGAACAGGUGACCUUGUGGUUUCAAAGGUCGACAACUCCAGUGCCAGCGCUAGAGCAUAAGUGCCCUUGCUUCCGUUUUAUAUGUGCGUCAUGGAUGCCAGAAAUGCGCGACUAGAAAUGUAACGUACAUGUGUGCCGUGUCAAAAACGUAAAGCUUGAAAACUUAAAAUUAUAAACUUAAGAUUUCGUGCCCCACACUCUCAAAAUGUGCACCCUAAACAAUUUAGAGGAGAACCCUGAAGGAAACGUCGUGCAAAGGUCGAAGCUUCAUGUUUGUGUUUGAAUUUCACGCCGGAAAUUCUGCACCUGAAUGUCGAUGUUACAUCACAGAUUUCAAUGCUUUUUUUGUUUCGUGCAUUGGCCGCGUUGGCUCAAUCAACUUUCCUGAACACUGCUUUUCUAUGUCGUCGAGCGUCCUUAGAAGACAAUGCUACUCAUGUUUUACCAAUAAAGAAU